CAGCCACCCGCAGCCUGCCUCCAGCGCUCCGAUUAUCGGCCGGGUUCUCCGCUCAUCGGCCCUCCGCGCCGCCAUGGAUCUCACCGCCAUCUACGAGAGCCUCCUGUCGCUGAGCCCUGACCUGCCAUCAUCAGACCAUGGAGACACUGAGUCCAACCUGGGCUUGGCCUCCUCCAGACUCUGGAGCCUCGGCUCAUCCGACUCUAGCCCGGCUGGGGUCACUGCCCGCCUGCCUGGCCGCUCCACCAGCCUGGUGGAGGGUCGGACCUGCGGCUGGGUGCCCCCACCCCCAGGCUUCGCACCCCUGGCUCCGCGCCCAGGCCCUGAGCUGUCGCCUUCGCCCACUUCGCCUCCUGCGACCCCCACCACCUCAUCCCGAUACAAGACUGAGCUAUGUCGGACCUUCUCAGAGAGCGGGCGCUGUCGAUAUGGGGCAAAGUGCCAGUUUGCUCACGGACUGGGUGAGCUGCGUCAGGCCAGUCGCCACCCCAAAUACAAGACGGAACUCUGCCACAAGUUCUACCUCCAGGGCCGCUGCCCCUACGGCUCCCGCUGCCACUUCAUCCACAACCCCAGCGAAGACCAGGCUGCCCCUGGCCACCCCCAUGUGCUGCGCCAGAGCAUCAGCUUCUCAGGCUUACCCUCCGGCCGCCGAGCCUCACCACCGCCAGCAGCCCUGACAGGCUCUUCCCUGUCCUCAUGCUCCUUCUCACCCUCCAGCUCCCCACCCCCAGCACCUGGAGACCUUCCACUUUCACCCUCUGCCUUUUCUGCUGCCCCUGGGACCCCUGUGGCCCGAAGGGACCCCACCCUAGCCUGUUGCCCCUCCUGCCGUAGGGCCACCAACAGCAGUGUCUGGAGACCUGUGGGUGGCCUGGCUCGGAGCCCCUCCGCACACUCCCUGGGAUCUGAUCCUGACGAAUAUGCCAGCAGCGGCAGCAGCCUGGGAGGGUCUGAUUCGCCUGUCUUCGAGGCUGGGGUUUUUGGGCCCCCCCAGCCACCUGCAGCCUCUCGACGACUCCCCAUCUUCAAUCGCAUCUCUGUAUCUGAGUGACAAGUGCCUGCCCAGUACAGAUCAGUUGGAUCUCAAGUGGGGGGGGUGGCAUUUCUCUUGUGCUGUGGGCUCUACAGGAGCCCAGGACUUUUAACCAAGUACCCCCCUGCCUUCCAAAAUGCAUUAACCCACUCCCCUGACCCCAUGCUGGGGCAGGCCCCCAGUGUGCAAGCUCAGUGUUCGUGGUGUUGGGGGAAGGAGUGUAUUCUGGAGUCUUUUUUUAAAAAAAAGAUGUAGCAAAUUUGAGGGAGGCAGUGAGCCCUCUCCCCCUCCCCUGCCCAAUGCUGUGAAUAGGCCCCCACUGCCCCUUCCCAAUUUUUCCUAGACCCCUGAGGUUCUGGUGUUGACUGGUGGCAACUGGAGCCUCCCCAUGAGGGGCAAUCCUGGUGCUCAAGUUUCCCCCCAAAAGCAAGUAGCCAAAGCCGUCGCCAACACCCACCCCAACCAUUGGGCCCUUUAUUUAUGACGACUUUAUUUAUUCUAAUAGAUUUUAUAGUAUUUAUAUAUAUUGGGUCGUCUGCUUCCCUUGUAUUUUCC